AUGGACCUUGCCACUGUUAUCGGCGGCUACGAGCCCCACGUCACGGACCCCCACCCCACCAAGCACUACUCUGCCAUCCCGAAAGCCCCCACACGCCCGGGCACCGUCUACCUCGCAACCUACAGCAUCUCGAAAGACACGCUUGUGGAACGCACCCCUUCCCACGUCAUUCCGUCCCUGCCCUCACCCUCGCGCCCAACCACUCCCAGCUUGUCGUUCUCUCUCAGGCGAGUUUUCAGCCGGAACGGGUCCCGGAGGACGCCGCGUCCGGAAUCCAGGCAUCACCGGUUCCGGCGCUGGCUUAAUGCCCGCGAUCCGCCCCAUAGCAAUUUUUCUCGCGGCAACUUUUCCCAUGGCAACUUUCCCCAGGGCAACCUUUCCCAGGAUAACGUCUCCGCAUCUGCGUGGAGCAGCGUCUCCGGAUCCGUGCAGCCCCCGCGUGCCGGUCUGGGCGUCGCGGCGUCGGCGGCUACCGCCGACGCCGCGGAGUUUGCGAGCGCAGACGCAGAGUCCGACUUUGAGUCCGACACAGACGAGGAGCUGGACCGCAACUCCGGAGCAAGCGGCCCAGACGCAUACGUAACUCCGCAAUCGCGAAAGCUGGAGUGUCUGCGGAGGUUCCGUCGGCGACUGCAGCGCGACCAUGUGCUGGCGCCAGCGAAGCUGGCGCAGCCGGCGCGUCGCGCGCUGACGCUCACAGACCGGUACCUGGGGUCCGAGGAGAGCAUCGAGCGGUGUCUGCGGGACAUGGACGCAAUGCCGUUUGCGCUGGCCGGGAACGACGGCAGCGACGGCGACGGGGGCGCGAGCACGUGA